ACACUCUCAGUACACUGAGAGAAAUACGAAAGGCAAAAUUAUAUAAUCGCUUAUUGAAAUCGGGCAAAACGAGGCGAACACCAAGCUGCAGCCAUGAAGAAGGACGAGCCCAUCAUGGAUGGGCCGAAGCGCAUGCAGAACGAGCUGAUGAUGAUGAUGAGCUAUAAGAAUCUCGAGCAGCUAAAACUGCUAGAGCCUGAGAAAGAUAAUAUAUACAAGUGGAAUGCGCUGCUGUUGCCCAGCAGUCCGCCCUAUAACAAGGGCGCCUUUAAUCUGGAAAUCGAUUUUCCCAAAGAAUAUCCCUUUCGGCCACCAACCCUGCACAUCAAUACGAAGAUCUAUCAUCCGAAUAUCAAUGAACGGGGACAAAUUUGUUUGCCCAUACUCGAGGCGGAGCACUGGAAGCCCACAUCGCGCAUCGAUACGGUGCUGCAGGUGCUCAUUGCGACAAUUAAUGAUCCACAGCCAGAGAAUCCGUAUAUCAUUGAGAUCAGUAAUCAGUUUGUUAACGAUCCCAAGAAGUUCUAUAGAAUGGCCGAUGCGUGGGUGACGCGCUACAGCGAAUAUCGGCCAACGGAUGCGGAGCUGGCCAAGAUUGCAAAGCGUCGCAAGAAGGCACUCAUGAAUAAAUGAAAGUAAGCUCAAUAAAUUUUUGCACAUUU